UCUACCCAUUCCUUUACCAAAGUGGCGUUCCUGUUUCUUUAUACUCUUCCAAUCAUCAAAUACCAAGGAGUAUAAUAAAUUUCAUUCCCACUGAAACCCCUUCACCCCAUUUUUCUCCAUUCCCAAAUUCACAAAGAAAUGGAGGCACUUUUUGCUCAAUUCUCCAUUCUGUCUGACCAGGCUCUUUGUGACAAGAACUGCGAUCCUUACACCAUAGAAGAUGAUCUAAUGAAGCUCUUUGAAGUUGAGGCUUACAAGGCUUGGGCAGCCAUGGAACUGGAUCAAGAAAAUCAAGUUGAAGAAGCUGAGAAUUACAUGAAAGAAGCAGAAGAACACCUUAACACUGCAAUGGAAGAUGCCAUGGAAGAAUUUCGCCGUUUUGAAGAGGAAAUGAACCAAAUGGCUAAAGCUGAAUAUGAUAGCCUUGUGGGUGUUGCUGAAAGAGCUAGAAAUAUGGGAAAGACUAUGGAGAAAGUGGCUACAUUUGCUGCCAAGAAGUAUAUUGAAGGUGCUGUUAACUCUGCUGGUGCUUCAACGAAAUCUGCUAUUAAAGCCAUUUCUUCUCACUCUAACAAGGUUUAUCCUUCUUAAGAGAUCUUUCACUAAUUAUCUAUUUCUUCUAUUUGGACUACACUUGCUAAAUUAAUGUGUCAGUCUUGCUUCUACUUGUUUAGCUCUUGAAUUUUAGUGGAUUAUAUAAAUGCAUAAUAAGUAUCAGAUUCUUGGAA